AUGGUGCAGAGCACAGCAGGGCCGGCCGGAGCGCGUGGGGGUCCGUGCUGCCGCCAUGGCUCGCUCUUCAAGAAGAAGACCGUGGACGAUAUAAUAAAGGAGCAAAAUCGAGAGUUAAGAGGUACACAGAGGGCUAUAACCAGAGACAGAGCAGCACUUGAAAAGCAGGAAAAACAACUGGAACUGGAAAUAAAGAAAAUGGCUAAGACUGGUAACAAAGAAGCCUGUAAAGUGCUGGCAAAACAGCUGGUGCAGCUGAGGAAGCAGAAAAAUCGGACAUACGCUGUCAGCUCUAAAGUCACUUCUAUGUCGACCCAAACAAAGGUCAUGAACUCUCAGAUGAAGAUGGCAGGAGCUAUGUCAACCACAGCCAAAACAAUGCAAGCAGUUAAUAAGAAAAUGGAUCCACAAAAGACACUACAAACUAUGCAGAAUUUCCAGAAGGAGAACAUGAAGAUGGAAAUGACUGAAGAAAUGAUUAAUGAUACUCUGGAUGAUAUUUUUGAUGCUUCUGAUGAAGAGGAAGAAAGCCAAGAUAUUGUUAAUCAAGUGCUUGAUGAGAUUGGAAUUGAAAUCUCUGGCAAGAUGGCCAAAGCUCCCUCAGCUGCCAGAGGUUUGCCAUCUGCAUCAACAUCAAAAGCUGCCACCAUAUCAGAUGAAGAGAUUGAACGACAGCUCAAAGCUCUGGGAGUGGAUUAGCUUGGUGGCUAAUAAUUAGAGUCUGCCUUCUAAUUAUUCAGCUGUAGACAGAUGUACAAAGUGCAAAUACUCUCUCAGUGCAACUGAUUUCUAGGAAAACUCUGAAGCUUCAGAAAUGACAACUCGAAGUUGGUACUGGAGGAAGGAGAAGGGGAGAAUGUAUUAAAUCAAUUUACAGAGAGAAGUACAUUUGGUAUGUUCAUUGCAUGGACCCUCUUUGACUCUGGACCAACCAGGGGUGUAGUUCUAAUGAUAAAUUCAUUUAUACCUGAUGCAAAUCUGUCCUCCAAAUUCAAAGCUUUCUUCUAUCCCAGCUCCUGAUAUCUCUCUAGAACUGGCUAUUCUGUGGCUGGUGAUGCCACCUCCUAGGACAGCACCUAUGUAAGAUUUAUCAUUUUUAUAAAACUAUCACUAUAGAAACAUUCUUAGUCUGUCAUUUUAACACUUCACCUUUGCUCUUCGUUGGAAACUGUUUUUUCCUUAAGAAAUAGCCUUGAAAGUCUAGCAAAUUUAAGCAGAAGGAAAAGGCAUUUUAUACAAUGCUUUCAAAUUCCUGUAGCAACUUUUGAGUUGAUUAAAUACUAGCUGGUUAUUCUUCUUACUGGAAGGGAAGGAUACACUCCUCGUGCAGUUAAUUUUUCUGGAAGAGGAUUUACAUUUGUUAGUGAACUUUGUUGCAUGAAAGGCACUGAUUGAACUCCAUUGUACUGUAACAUAGCUGGUUUCAACAGAAUUGCUGUGCCUUUAUGUAUAUAAAUCUUGUACCUUUGUGAUUUUCUUUCAGGAUGAGUUUUUGAGAGGUGAGUAAACUUGUAAUUAAGAUGGUUUCACAAAAUACUAUGGUGAGACCUCUCUGUGCACCUGAUGGGACUCAGUGCUGAAGCUGAGAAAUGCACUUGUUCAAAAAUGCAACUCGUGCACUUGCAAAAAGGACAUUUGCCUGAAGCAACAUUUGUAUAUAUUUUACAGUAUUUCUUAAUGGAAGAUAACUGUGCAUAACUGUAUUGUUUGCUAAGAAGCAAUUGAUCACAUUGAUAAGCUAAAUUAAAUUUUAGUUUUGAGAACACUUUUGGAUCAUAAAUGAUAAUUAACUUGUCUAAAACACUAUAAUAAAAGUGUUCUGGUUCUGUGAAGGUUUUUCUAUGGUCUCUGAACUGCAUCAACAUGAUUCUGGCUUUAAGUGGAAUAUGCACUGGGCUAGUGAAAUAAGAACUGUUGAUA